UACUUCGUAGUUCGUACCUGGCUACCUGCUGCUCCGUACUUCUUUGCAUUCGAGCUCUUUUGGUUUCGUUUAACUCUUCCUUUUUUUGCGCACGUUUGCACCUUCCACCAGCUUAUAAAUAGCUAGAGAAGGCGAUUCAUGUUUUCAUCUGCCUCGAUACUGCAUCAUCUUCUUUCUCUCACUACUACAAGUGGAAGGUGCAGCUAAUUGGACCGUCAGUUCAUUAAUCACUUGUCUCUGCACCUCCCCACCACGCAUAUAUGGCACCGCCUUCGCACUGCUACAUCAGCAAUGGCGCCCCACAGAACGGCGUUGUCGUCCCUAUGGAAACAGGAACUCUGCCGCCGCAGGACUCCCACCUGCUCGACCCCGACGAGUUCCGGCGGCAGGGCCACCAGGUCAUCGACUUCAUCGCCGACUACUACGCCCGCAUGGGCGAGUACCCCGUGCACCCCAGCGUCAACCCCGGCUUCCUACGACGCGAGCUCCCCGCGGACGCGCCGUCGCGUCCGGAGCGCGACGCAUUCGACGCGGCGCUGCGGGACGUCCGCGACCUCAUCCUGCCCGGCCUGACGCACUGGCAGAGCCCUCGCCACUUCGCGCACUUCCCGGCGUCCAGCAGCACUGUCGGUGCCCUCGGCGAGGCUCUUACGGCAGGCAUCAACAUCGUUCCCUUCACGUGGGCCGCCUCGCCGGCCGCCACCGAACUCGAGAUGGUCGUCGUGGACUGGCUCGGCAAAGCGCUCCACCUGCCCGAGAGGCUCAUGUUCUGCGGCGGUGGCGGAGGCACGCUUCUAGGCACCACGUGCGAGGCCAUCCUCUGCGCCCUUGUUGCCGCGAGGGACCGGAAGCUCGCAGACAUUGGGAGCAGGAGGAUCGGAGACCUCGUCGUCUACUGCUCCGACCAGACCCACUUUGCAUUCCGCAAGGCUGCCCACAUCGCUGGUAUCCACCGUGACAACUGCCGCGAGAUCGCGACGUGCCGCGAUGACGUGUUCGCGCUCUCGCCAGCCGAGCUGCAUGCCGCCACGCAAGCCGACGUGGACGCCGGGCUGGUCCCGCUCUUCCUGUGCGCGACGGUGGGGACCACCCAGACCACCGCCGUGGACCCCAUCCGCGAGCUCAGCGCCGUCGCGGCGGCGCACGGCGCCUGGGUCCACGUGGACGCGGCCUAUGCUGGCUCGGCGCUCGUCUGCCCGGAGUUCCGCCACGUCAUUGACGGCGUUGAGGCCGUGGACUCAUUCAGCAUGAACGCCCACAAGUGGCUUCUGGCCAACACCGACUGCUGCGCGCUGUGGGUGAGGAAGCCGUCACUGCUCGUGGCGGCGCUCGGCACGGAGCAGGAGUACAUCCUCAAGGACGCGGCGGCGGAGGGGCACGACGUCGUGGACUACAAGGACUGGUCCGUGACGCUGACACGCCGGUUCCGCGCGCUCAAGCUGUGGCUCGUGCUCCGCUGCUACGGCGUCGAGGGCCUGCGCGCCCACGUCCGCUCCCACCUGCGCAUAGCCGCGUCGUUCGAGAGCAUGGUCAGGGCCGACGCGCGGUUUGAGGUGACCGUGGCGACGCAGUUCGCGCUGGUGUGCUUCCGGCUCCGGUCGCCGGAAAAGCUGGGCGGCGAGAAGACGGCCAACGAGCUCAACCGGAGGCUCCUGGAGGAGGUGAACUCGACCGGCUCCGGGCCGUACAUGAGCUCCGCCAUGGUGGGUGGCAUCUACAUGCUCAGGUGCGCCGUCGGGAGCACGCUUACGGAGGAGCGGCACGUCCGUGAAGCGUGGAAGGUCGUGCAGGAUCAAGCUGCUUCCCUCCUCCGUAAAAUGGAGAUCAAUUACAGCGUAGUUGCCGAAUAAGUUGAAAUGAAUUAUGCAUUGUCAACGUGUCAAUUUAUUUUAGUUUGAAUAAGCGUAAAAGUGUUAGCGGAUGGGCAUGUAGAUGUAGCCCAGUGGUAAGGCUGCAAGGGAACAGCUGCCCGGCGCCGGCGGGGUGUUGGCGCCCUCGUCCCGCACCAAGCUUUCAACGAAUGGCAUGCCGAGGUGGCGCCUAUCAGAUAAAAAGCAUACUUGUGUUAUGUUGUAAAACAACCGAACUUGGUUCUGGUUUCUAGAACCGAGAAUCCAGAAUUAAAGAACUUGCCAGGUCUUUAUAACAAGUUUUUGCAAAAAACUUAGUUGAA